AGCAUGCGGAAACAGCACCUUCCAGUUCUGAUUAGCCUCUUGUUUGUACCACAGCAGGGUAAGCUAACGCUGCCCUGGCUCACUUUAACCCUUCUGCAGGCGUGGAUGUACUAACGCCUAUCUCCCUGGAAGAAAGAAACAUCUCCCUCCACAGAGGGUGAGCAAGAGAGAGAGAAUUCAUCCUGCAAGCUACCACCACCACCAUGAAGACAGCAAAUGUCCUUGUUCUCACCUUAGUCCUGCUUUGCAUCGAUGUCAGCACGGAAUGGCCUAUGCACACAGUCUGCAAAGAGGACAACCUGGAAAUAUAUUACAAAAGCUGUGAUCCCAAGCAAGAUUUUGCUUUCACUGUUGACCGGUGUUCUGAUAUCGCAACCCACACCUUUAACGUCAGAGCUGCAAUGGUGCUAAGACACAGCAUCAAGGAACUCUAUGUCAAGCUUAACCUGAUCAUAAAUGGGAAGACCGUCUUAACCUACUCGGAGCCACUUUGUGAGCCUGGCCAUUCCAAGCUUGUUUUCUGUGGAAUGAAGAAAGGAGAAUACCUUUACUAUGAGGGACCAGUCACACUGGGACUCAAAGAAAUCCCACAGGGAGAUUACACCGUUUCGGCAGUGCUGACUAACGAAGACCACACCACCGUCGCUUGUGCUGACUUCACUGUGAAGAAUUACCUAGAUUAUUAUUAGCAACAACCCCAUGCCAGGAGGCCUGCACACCACCAAAGCUCUUCCAGCCAAGUGACUUGCUUACAGGCUACAACAAUCCUGGAGGAAACAACCCUCGCUUUUCACUAUCUCCAGGAAGCCACUAGAGCCUCUAGUGGUAAUUUUAGCUCUAGACGCAUGCUGUGGCCCACUUCUUGCUUCUAAUGUAUACAGCUGCAAGUAGAAAGAAUCUGAUAGCAACAUUCCCAUCUGACGAUGAAAAUAACAUCAGGCAGAAGAGGAGAGAGCCUAAAUAUUGUUGUGCAGUGAGUUAGAGAGGUAUCCAUUUCUACACAGGCUAAAGGCAGCUUUCAUGUGCCUCACAGAUUAUGCAGUUACAGCACUCAACAUUUUUGAUUUCCCCUGGAGCCUCCACUAGCACAGAUUGUUAUAACUACAAAGCAAAGACCAAAGAGGAGGAGCGUGCCCUUUUUCACAGUGAUCAUUUGAGUCUUCUGGAAUCUACCUGGAGUUUUGCUGUUCUUUAGUAGUUUAAGUGGUACUUGAAUCAUCCUGCACCUAAGCUAUGCCCUCUCUGUGCUUCUUAAUAAACUCAUACUGAAGAAGCAA